AUGAAUGGGGAGGGGAUGGAGGGGCACCUGGCAGAGGAGCAGCCUCAUGAGACAGCAGGAGGAACAGGGGAGGGAGGAGGAGGAGGAGGAGAGGAAGGAAUGACGGCCAGUAACAUCUCCAAUCUGCCCCCUCCACCUCCCACCAUGACCCCCGCCAUCCCCCCUUAUGUGAAGUUGGGUUUGACGGUGGCCUACACCAUCUUCUACACGCUGCUGUUCGCCUUCGUGUAUGCCCAGCUGUGGCUGGUGCUGCGCUACCGCCACAAACGUUUCAGCUACCAGACAACUUUCCUGUUCCUGUGUCUGCUAUGGGCUGCCCUGCGGGCACUCCUCUUCUCCUUCUACUUCCGUGAUUGCGUGACGGCCAACGCACUGGGACCUUUUGCCUUCUGGCUGCUCUACUGUUUCCCAGUUUGCCUGCAGUUCUUUACGCUCAGCUUGAUGAACCUCUACUGUGCCCAGGUUUACUUCAAGGCGAAGUCCAAGUACACUCCUGCACUACUAAAAUACAGGCUGCUGCUCUACCUGGUGUUCUUGAGCAUCAGCCUGCUCUUCCUGGUGGUAAACCUGGUCUGUGCUCUGCUGGUCAAGACAACCUCCGCUGAGGUCAAAACCAUUGUCCUAGUGAGGGUCACCAUCAAUGACACGCUGUUUGUCCUCUGUGCCAUCUCGCUAUCCGUGUGUCUCUACAAGGUGGCCAAGAUGUCCCUGGCCAACAUCUACCUGGAGUCCAAGGGGACAUCAGUGUGUCAGGUGACUCUGAUCGGUGUCAUGGUGGUCCUGCUAUACGCAUCGAGGGCCUGUUAUAACCUGGUGGUGCUGGCCCUGGCUCAUAUAGAAACUAUCAACUCCUUUGACUACGACUGGUACAACGUCUCUGACCAGGCUGACUUGCGGUCAUCGUUGGGAGAUGCGGGCUACAUCGUAUUUGGCGUAAUUCUGUUUGUCUGGGAACUCCUGCCGACCUCCCUGGUUGUUUUCUUCUUCAGGGUCCGUCGACCACCGCAGGACAGGAGUGCAUCUGGCAUACCAAACCACGUUCUGUCCUCCAGGGGUUAUUUCUUUGACAACCCACGUCGAUAUGACAGCGACGACGACCUGGCCUGGAGCAUUCCUCCACAGAACACAACUGCCAGUCUAUCCUCAGACUGCUAUGACUGGGGCAGUCGCCACAGCAGCUUCACCGUGCACACCAACAGCGACGAACAGCGGCUAACCACAACCACAACCACCGGCGAGCUCCAUCAUUACCCCUGAAGAUGGCAUCUCUCCACUGUACAGCAUCACUUUGCACUUUGGCACCAUCUGUUAUUGUGUUUGUUGAUAUCACACACUUAAGAAGUUAGGCUAACAGUUUUUGGGAGUUUAAGGAAGGCAGAGGAUGUUUGCCAGGGUUCCUACAGGGUUUCUUAAUGUAAAAUUCCAGUUUCCUUUACAAAGAUCCCCCUGUGGACUUGCUGUGGUAUUAGGUGUG